AUGCAAAAGUGUAAAUAUCAUGUAAGUUUACAACCUGUAAGCAACUGGGGAUUUCCUGCCAAUACCCAUCCAAUUCUUCUAGAACUUGGUAAAGAAUUAAAUUGUGGGCCAACUAUGUUCAAGUUUCUACAAACCAACUUUAUGGAAGGAAAAUUUGAUAUACCAUUUGUCAAAAUAGCUGGUAAAGAAGGGACAUACAAUAUGAAAGAAAUAGUUUAUGUGGACAGCAGAAUUCAAAGUAUGGGAGCAGAAUUGACCUAUAAACUAAACAGUCGUAAAGCUGACAUGAAGAUGACAGAUGAGCAAUACACCAUCCUUCAUUCUGAUUCUAAACUUGAUGCCAACAUAACAACUGAUGGUUUUUGGGGAAGUAUUCGAGACUAUCCACAGUUUGAUAUUUAUCAGGAAAUACUAAAGCAACGAUGGUUUGGCAAAGACAUCAAUACAUGUGGUGUACAUACUUAUGACUUUGAUAAUACCCUCUUGAGACCAGUUCAAGUUCAAUUCCAGGCUACAGAAUCUAUCUUCAAUAAAUAUUUUCCAACUGAAUUUUUUUAUGUAGAAAGUUUACAGAAUCCAUUAGGAGCUGUGGAAGCCUUUCUGAACUUCACUAUAGCUUCCCCUCAGAACUGUUAA